CUGAAGGACCUGCAGCUACACGGAUUGGACGGAUGAACCAGAGGAACAGACCAGUCUUGACUAGUGUCAGCCAUGUCUGAGAUGGAGGACUAUUCCCCAGCUCGGCGUGGCCACAGAGUGCUCCGUGUGCGGCUGGACCCGGUCCUGAUCCAGAGACGUGCUCUGGAGGAGCAGGUGGAGCUGUGGUGGUUCCGGGAACCUCUGCGCUCCCUGCUGUGCUACUGCACCUCGGUGGGCCUGGUCCUGGGCCUGGGGCUGGGUGGCGUUGGCCUACUCUCCACCACCACCAGCCUGUCUGGGGAGUGGCGUCUGGGGGUUGGCACCACCCUCUGCCUCCUGGCCCUGGCUAUCCUGCUCAAACAGUUGCUCAGCUCCGCCGUGCAGGACAUGAACUGCAUUCGCAGUCGGCGGCGUAUCGAGCAGUUGAAAAGCGGCGGGUGUGCCGACCCUGUGCUCAUCCUGGUGACGGGGCUGGCUUUGCUGCUCUGUGGCGGGGUGCUGAUCCAUGUGGCGCUGGCCAGUGGGCACCACCAGCCCGGGCAGAGGCUCAGGGACAUGUUCCUGUCUGGGAUGGUCCUGCUAGGGGCUGGAGGGACCAUGGAGCUGGCUGUGGGGGGGUACCUGCUGGUGGUUUACCUACAGGAAAGGAGGGACAGGAGGCUGGGACAGGGGAGGAGGGCUGAGAGACUGAGGACCAGGGCUGUCAGGGUGAUGACAGUCUCAGGUCAGAUGAACCUGGCUGGGAGACAAGCCUCUUCAUGCAGAAUCAGCCUCAUCUGA